AUGGCACCGAUAGCACUCGACCAAAUGUCGCCGCUUGUGACCCUGAUGGCAAGAAAAAUCAAGAAACAAAAAAAGACCAAAGGAGGAAACCUCCCUAAGCCAGUCCUGAUCGCGAUCGUCGUUGUCGUGGUAGUUUUGCUCGUUAUCGCAAUUGCCCUACCUAUUAUACAAAAGCGGCGAAAGGCCAGACGUGAGGCCAACAGCGACCAGCAGAUACCCUACAGCAAGCAGGACAGCAGCAACGGCCUCUACCAAAGGAUGUCUACUAGCUACUUCAACAUGUUUGGCGGGCCCAGGACCGGUGGCAAUCAGCAAGCUCAGGGGGUAGCCGCACACGAAAGGCAGCGCCGAAUGGACGGCGGUGCUGGUCAGCAGGGCGCCGACUUCAACGCCCUCGGCAGUGGUGGGCCGGGCAGCGAUGGUCGGGUCAUGGACGGGUCCUACGUUGAGAAUGGAUAUCCGCCGCGCUAG